GUUGAUAUUUUCUUUCUUUUUUCGUCUUGUACCGACUCACAUGUAUUUGAGAACGAAAACGCUAUUGAAAGGAACCACGAGAAAUAUGGUGGUUAGAAGUGGAUUCUAGUUAUCAGUGUUCUUUUGUUCUGAUGAUUAAUGGUGGACUGAAAUGUAAAUGUUGUCUGUAUGGUAUUGUUAACAUUGGAUAAAACUUAACGAAAAUGUCUUCUAUGCAUUUCGUUGUUCAUCCUUUACCUGGGACAGAGGAUCAACUGAUAGAUAGGCUUAGAGAGGUUGCUGAGAGAUGGAAUAGAUUUGGAACAGGUGCUGGCUCCCCAGCAUUAUGCUCUUUGAGAGGAGUGCGUGCUGUGGCUGCUGGUCCUGCUCAUAUAGCCUGUUUACAAGAAGAUGGUACAAUAUGUCGGGCUGCAUUCUCAAUCAUACCUGACAGAUUGGAUUUGAGCAAGGCUGAUGCAAGUAAAAAUGGUGGAAAUGGUGGCGGUGGAAGCGGAGGAGGUGGGACGAGUGGAGGAAAGCAAGGGGGAAGUGGAAGUGGUUGUGGCUCUCGUCAGCAGCCACGCACAAGAGCAAGAAUUAUGAGAAAUUCUAUCAGAGCAGCUCCAAGCUCACAAGGCUCAACAAGUCGUGCAACUGGCGUUAUAAUUGGUGCAUCGGGGUCAGGCCGAGUAGUGUCUGCAGUACCUGCUCCUUUUGUGCCUGAAGAUCUGGUCACUCAAGCCCAAGUUGUAUUGCAAGGAAAAAGCAGAAGCCUUAUCAUACGGGAGCUGCAGAGGACAAAUUUAGACGUGAAUCUAGCGGUAAACAACUUGCUGUCGCGUGACGACGAGGAAGGGGAAGAGCCUGAAGGCGGUGAGGGCGGCGAUGGAUAUGUGCCGGAGGAUCUCAUCUCACUACUCGAUGGCGGUUUCCACGCCAGCCAGCAGGACCAGUCUGUCAUCAUCGACGCAGACGCCAUGUUCUCCGAGGACAUCUUCGGGUACGCGGCUAUCAGAAGUUAUAUUAACAGUCGCAGUGGGGGUGGCGGUGGUAGUGGCGGCGGACGCGCAGGCGCCAGCCGCGAGAGCAGCAGCUCAGCACAAGAAAGACCCUCAGAAUUCAGUCGCUGGCGCGAACGUCAAUAUUUUGGACCUCGCCGAUGGCUCGAAUCUGCUCUUCGUGAUACUUCUUGGGACAAGGAGGGAGUUGAAAACAAAAAGAAAGAUUCUGCAAUGACAGCUUCACCUCUUUGGGUAUCUGAAGAAUUGGAGUACUGGGAUAGCAAUAUUCGUUUCACACAUAUUGCAGCAACUUAUAGUGAAUUGAUUGCUGUCUCUACACAUGGACAGAUACAUCAGUGGCGUUGGGCUGACCCACAUCCAUAUCAAAGAAAUGAUACUUUGGGUAAUAGCGCCUAUCAUCCACGUAGCAAUUAUCUUGGAUUACUUUCCGGGGAAAGAAUUGUGAAUAUCAGUGCUGCUGGUAUAAGAAUCUCUGUUUUGACUGACUCUGGACGAAUUGCAACAUUCUUGGAUGAGUCUAUUGCUCACGCACCUGGCGCUACGCGUUUGGAGCAUCCACUGCAGACAUUUACAGAGUUUGGUUCAGACAAACCAAUUUCUCUUCAUGUAUGUUCAUUGUAUAGUGUUGCAAGAUUGGACUCUGGAGCAUUGUAUUGGUGGGGUGUAUUGCCGCUUGGACAGCGUGCUCGACUUUGGGAAAAACAUCGUGCUCGAUCUCGUAAACAACAGCGUGGUCACUCGUCGACCACUCCGCAAGAUUUGCAAGCAGGACAAAGUGUUACUAUGAAAAAUGCGCCCAUGUAUCAGCCAGGAGCUGUUGGAUUUAAUAUGUCGACUGGAGUGCCUAAAGUGGGUAUCCUACAAAAUGCUGCAUGGAAUCUAUCUGACACUUGCAGAUUUAAGCUCCUACCAGCUCCACAGCCUGAUCGCUCGGUAUCUGACAAGGAUAAAAGAGAUUUACAGAACCAAUCUCCUCUCACUGUUUCAUCCGUGAAGGCAUCAUCGUCAAGCAGUUCAAAUAAGGACAAUGCAAAAGAUAGCAAUAAAGAUAUGGCGGACCGUUUGGACAUGCCGCCACCACCAAGCCCUGCAUCUUCUACCUGCAGUGACACCAGCACAUCACACAAAAGGGCAAAACGUGUCACAGUCCGUGGAGAAGAAGGUUCUUCUAAUGAUGGUACUAAACGUGACGAAGAAGAAUGGCCGCUUAAAGAAGUUGUUUUCCUUGAAGAUGUAAAGAGUGUGCCACUUGGUCGUGUGCUUAAAGUUGAUGGAGCAUACGCGGCUGUACGAUUUCCUUCUGUUGGAAAGGAUGGAAAGGAAAUUAUUCCAUCUACCCCAGAUGAUUGGACAGCACUUCUACAAGAUUGUCGUUUAGUACGCAAAGAUGAUCUAGUUGCUGUUAAAUGGGGUGCUGGUGGCUCAGCUGGUCCUCGCGGACCCGACUGCUUGCAACGAUCUCCACGAAAAAUCGCACUUCCACCUGAACUACAAGUCAUUACUAUUGCUGUUGACAAUCGUGGCGUGCACGCCGUAGUACGACGUCCAGGUGGUGCAUUGGCUUAUGCCGUAUAUGCAGUGGGAACAACACGUGCUCUGACAGAUAGUGUAUUUCCUACUGACCAUACUGCCCUGUUGGGGCACUCAAAUGGACAUUUGAUUCAACUGGCCACUGCUGCCGAAGGAAGCGAGCCAGUAGUGAUGAUGCUGGACGGCAACAGCGCGCUGUACCCGAUCGCGCGCGACUGCGUCGGCAUGGUGCGCGAGCCGCCGCCGCUGAACCUGGCGCCCGCGCGCGCCAUCACCGCGCACGCGCUGCCGCUGCACCCGCACGGGCCCGCGCACUCGCACCACGCGGCGCUCAAGUCACAGGUUGCACUCAUCAUAAUUGUAGCUGAACCUCAACAUAUGAUGCCUCGCGUACUCCGAUGCGAUUUAGAUGGCAUUCGUCAGUUGCUUCAUCAACUGGAGUCAGAUUCUAACAAACAACAAAUUAUGUCUAUUUUGCAAGAACGCUGUGACGGUAACAGGAAUAUUCUACAUGCAUGUGUGCAUAUGUGCGCACCAACAUCUAACAAGGAACCUGACAUAGUUGAAAAUCCGUCUAUGCCAAAUAUACCGAAUGCGUCGAGUGGCGCAAGUAAUGAAGAGGCUGUUCCAGCUCUUUCCUGGCCGGGCCCAGAAACAUUUGAAGCAUCUGGAGAUGAAGACAGUUUGAUGGGAAUUAAUAACGGCAAAAUGUCGAACAGCGGUAACGGUGGGUCGGUGAGCGCGGAUCCGGCGGAGCGGCGCGGCAACGCGCUGGCGGCCCUGCGCGCGCUCGCCGAGAGUGCGGCGUUGCAGCCCUACUUGAUGCAACUGCUUACGGCCAAGGAUGGCAUGGGCCAAACUCCACUAAUGGCUGCAGUCGCAGAACGCGCUUACCGCGCUGCACUCGUAUUAUUGGACGCGAUACGCGCCUGUUCAGAUGCGGACGAGAUGCAACGUUCUGCCGCUAUAUUCCCGCCCAAUGCACAUCCAGAUCACUCGCCACUUUUGGUACUCUGCUGUAAUGAUACUUGCAGCUUUACUUGGACGGGACAAGAUCAUAUCAAUCAGGAUAUUUUUGAAUGCAAAACAUGCGGACUUACUGGCUCUUUAUGUUGCUGCACCGAAUGCGCUAAGGUGUGCCAUAAGGGUCAUGAUUGUAAACUUAAACGUACAUCUCCGACUGCGUAUUGUGACUGCUGGGAGAAGUGUCGUUGCAAAGCGUUGGUUGGCGGAAACUGGGCCGCUCGAUGCGAUCUAUUAGCCCGACUGGCCAGAGACACGCAGUUAGCUACACACUUUAAUUCUAGAGGUGAAUCCAUCCUCCUCUUCCUCGUUCAAACGGUUGGACGCCAAGCGGUAGAACAACGCCAAUUCAGAGCAGGAAGCGGCCGAGCCCGUGGUCCAAGAAAGCAGCCCGGUUCUGAUGCCGAAUUGGAUGUACCCGAUCAUGACUUGGAGCCCCCGCGGUUUGCUAGACGCGCUCUAUUGCAUUUGUUAGCGGUCUGGCCGGCAGUAGAAACAGCUAUAAUGUGCGGCGCUAAUGCAUCUGAAACUGAAGGUCCAUCAACCUCUUCGCACCAACAGUCGGGCACCACGCUUCUCGACAAAUUUACACAUGCUCUUAUUGUAAAGUGUACAAAUGAGAUGCUGGACACAUUACUGCACACUUUGAUUAGAGAACAGAAAAAUGACACCAUCCCCGGACGCGCAGAGCGUGCGCGUGAGGUUACGCGCCGAUUCGUGCGUUCCGUUGCAAGAAUAUUUGUUAUAUUUAGCGUUGAAAUGGCGCCCGGAGCAGCUAAGAAAAAAGGGCCUGUUUCGAUUACCUCAUCAUUAGUACGUUGCCGCCGUGUUUUUGCCGCCUUAGUGGCUUUAGCAGUGGAAGAAUUGGUAGAAGCGGCCGAUGCAUUGCUAGCACCCGUAAGAUUGGGCGUAGUGCGUCCUACAGCGCCGUUCCCACUGGCCACUACUUAUGUAGACCUUGUAAAUGGGAGCGAAGAUUUAUUUGGUGUUGAACCACUGUCCACUGGUCAUCCACGCCAUCCACAUGCACGCAGAGAAUCGAAUGUGACCGGCGGUCGUUCUGCCGCCACAGGAGGUACUUCAAUAGGCAGUUCCACGUUAGUUCCGGACAGAUCAUCUACACCUGUCGCCACCGAGUAUGCAGAUGAUGUCACGGGUGAAGCGCUCGGUGGUGAUGAUGAUGCCUCAGAAACAGAUGAGCCGAACACACCGGCACCUACUCAACAGCCUGACGCUCAACAUCAUGAUGACGCGAUGGGCGAAAGGGGAGCUGACCAACACGUGGUCGUUGAAAAUGGAACAGAGCGUGCAGAAGGAGGUGAAAGUGAGAGUGAACUAGAUAUGUUAGCAGAGGUUGAAACCGAGAGUGACUCUGAUGAUCAAGACAAUGCGGAAUCUGCGCAACGCAGUGUGCAAACCGGCGCUACACAAGGUUCUGAUGCCGGAAUAGCGUCGCUUCUAUUGUACCCAGAGGACGAGAGCGGCGACUCCACGCAGCCCGAGGACGAGGACUCGGAGGCCGGCGAGACGGACGAGCAGGAGGGCGAGACGGAGCCCCAGCUGCACGACGGAGAGACUCUGGAGCGACGGGCCGCGCCCCCCACUAGGACAAACUUGGCUCCGCAUUCUAUGCAGUGGGCUAUACGAUCACGAGAAGCUCUACGCGGUGGUACAAGCGGCACCAGCGGUGUGCGAUUGACAAGCGGAUCUUCACUAGUGUUCAUAGACCCGGCCUCGCUGCGGCGCUCUGCUGCGGCCGCCGCCGCUGGCGCGCACGAUCCGCAUUCAACAUCCACUACUGCGUCCUUUUUGGCCAGGGCUUUUGGUAUCGUGAUUCGUCAAAUUGCUGAUCUUUUAUGGGAGUAUGAACGAGCUCCACUGCAGUUGUUGCGGUUAUUACCGCUGGCGUACUCUGAUGCGCUACGCCUACAAUGCUAUUUGGAGAGACAGCUCAAACCAACUUGGGAUUGGCUUGUCACAGUCAUGGAUGCUACUGAAGCUCAACUAAGAUUUGGCGCAUCGCUGACGUCGAACAACGCAAAUACAACUACUCCGGAUAGUGGGCGGCCAGCAGCACCAACAACACGUCGCACCACGUUCACAACGCCUGCCACACGUAUCAUUGGCUUCUCUGAAGGGCCGCGUGCGAGAGAUCGCGAUCAAGGUGUAGAAGCCGGCAGUGCGCGUCGCGAGUUCCUUGCUUAUUGCCUGUCGUUGCUGCGCGCACACAGCGCUGAGCACGCUGAACAAUUGCCCGUUUUGGACGUGGCUGCUCUCAAACACGUGGCCUACGUGCUUGACGCGCUGGUGUAUUACAUGCGAGCUGCACAACCGCAGCCGCACCAUCAUCACCACUUGUGGACACCGGAUGAAAAUGAGAACGAGGAAGGUGAAGAAGAAAUGGUAGUAGGAGGCGGCAGUACAGCAGCCGAGUCCGAUAACGAAGGGGAGAAUGGUCGAGGAAGACAGCACUCAUUCUUCCAACGGACGGAUUCUACACUUUGCCUCGGCUGUCCACCACCUGAUCCUUUCAAUAUGACAAUGCAAGAUGCGUUACCGCUCGCCGAUCAGCCGCAACUGCUACAACCAAAUGCACGUAGAGAAGAGUUGUUCGGAAUGCCACGCCAGCCUGUUACCGUACCGGCAUCUGGCGAUGGACCACCAGGCGUUAAUAAUCCACUCGAAGUGGUGCCCCGUCGUCUAGGCCUCUCGUCGCGCGGGCCGGAGCGCGGCUGGUCGCCGCCCGCGCGCCCCGCCUCCGCGCCGCCCGCGCACUCGCACACGCUCGCCAGGGACGAGCCGCAGGACUUAUCCUGCGCCAAAGAUACAGUUGCAAAAAUGGACGUCGACACUGAUGGCGAAUACUUAUCGGAUUCUGACUCAAAUGAAGCAAGACAAAUACCUAGGAAAAAACAUCAUAGGCAUCCGCAUAUGAAUACACAUUCAACUAAUAGCAACCCAGUUCACGAUUCGAAUUCUUCAAGUUCGGAAUUCCAUACAUUAGUCAAUACUGCUUGUUCUAUUAUGGAAGGUCCACAUCAGCAGGCUAUGAACAUAUCACCAUCUCCAGGUCCCAGCGGUCUGAACACCUCAACACAGGAGCCGCGUGCAUCUACCGCGCGAAGCCCGGGAAAGACCGUUAUUGUACGUGCUAGUCGUGAACGUCAGGGCGAGUUACUGAGCGCGGCCGACCCGCUCGAGUCGCAAGAGAUCUCUGCGCACGUGACCGUGGAGACCACCGGCUUACCACCGCCACCGACUAUACCACCACCACAAGGAAUAAACGCUCCGCCGCAACCACGCGCUUGUCCAUCACUUGGUGCGUCUGUGUCGCACGAUCUGCUGUUAGGCAGAUGGAGAUUGUCACUCGACCUGUUCGGGCGAGUGUUCACUGAAGACGUGGGUCUCGAACCCGGCUCCGUGGUGUCGGAAUUGGGUGGGUUCCCAGUUAAAGAAGUCAAGUUCCGACGAGACAUGGAAAAGCUGAGGAAUUCACAACAAAGGGACUUAACAUUACAUAAGAUGGAACGCGAGCGCGCGAAGCUCCUGCAGCAAACGUUCGCCGAGCUGAACAGCGCGUUCGCGGGACAGAACCGGCGGGCGCACAGCGCGCAGCCGCCGCUCGCGAUCAACCGCGUCAAGGUGACGUUCCGCGACGAGCCCGGCGAGGGCAGCGGCGUCGCGCGAUCCUUCUACACCAGCGUCGCUGAGGCUCUACUAGCAAAUGAAAAGUUGCCGCCAUUAGAACCGACGACGGGAAGCGGCAGUAACAAUAGUACAACAAAUGGAACAUCAGGCUCCGCGAGUGGAACCGCGGGUGGAGCCAGUAGCAAUAGCGGAGCGAGCAGAAGCAGCAGCGGCGCCGGUCGAGCGAGAGCAAAGGACCCGGCGCGGCGCGCAGCCGGCCGGCCCGCGCCGCGCCCGCCCUCCGCUCGCGAACCGCGCCGUGUGCUCAGCGUGGACGCGCGCCCAUAUUCACCACAGGGAGCACCAGGAACAGAAGGUGCCGGUUAUAGUGGAGAAAGAUCGGCUGGACACAAUGACCAUUUAACAGUACAUCAAGCACAGCUAGGAGAACGACUUUAUCCUAAGGUUCACUCUUUGCAUCCAACAUUCGCGGGCAAGAUCACGGGAAUGUUAUUGGAGUUGACACCGGCGCAGCUUCUCGUCUUACUAGCCAGUGAAGAUGCACUUAGACAGAAAGUUCGAGAAGCUAUGGAUCUCAUAGUUAUGCACCCCUCUGAAGCUAUUUUAGAUCUAGACGUGUUCUCGCUGUCGGAGCGCGGCGGCGGCGCGCUGGGCGCAAGCGGCGCGCACGCUGCGCCCGACGACGCGGCGCCGCUGUUCUACUCGCCCGGCAAGCGCGGCUACUACUCGCCGCGCCAGGGACGCGCCACGCCCGAGAGGAUCAACGCCUUUAGGAAUGUUGGACGAAUCAUAGGUCUAUGUUUAUUACAAAACGAGCUAUGUCCAAUGUUCCUCAACCGCCACGUGCUGAAGUACGUGCUCGGCCGCAAGAUUCGAUUCCACGAUUUGGCCUUCUUCGAUCCGGUCGUCUAUGAGAGCCUGCGACAGCUCGUCGUUGACGCAGAGACUGGCGACUCACAUUCACUAUUUGCUGCUCUUGAUCUCAAUUUUAGCCUGGAAAUGUGUGAAGAAGAAGGCGGUGGAUGUGUAGAAUUAGUCCCCGGAGGUCGGGAGAUUGAAGUGACCGCGCUCAAUGUUUACGACUACGUGCGCAAAUACGCGCAACACCGUAUGGUCAUCUCACAAGAAAAGGCGCUUGAGGCAAUGCGUGUUGGUGUUCUGGAUGUCCUGCCAGAAUCGGCCUUGGAAGGACUCACAGCUGAAGACUUGCGCCUUUUAUUAAACGGUGUCGGCGACAUAAAUGUUGCCGCUCUUGUAUCUUACACUAGUUUUAAUGACGAAAGCGGUGAGCCGCCAGAGAGACUUGCAAGGUUCAAGCGUUGGUUGUGGGCUAUAGUCGACAAAAUGACUCACUUGGAGCGACAAGAUUUGGUUUACUUCUGGACUGGAUCGCCUGCCUUACCAGCUUCUGAAGAAGGCUUCCAACCCAUGCCGUCGGUCACCAUCCGACCCGCUGACGACGCGCACCUCCCCACCGCCAAUACUUGUAUUUCGAGACUAUACAUACCUCUUUAUUCCUCACGACAUGUUCUCAAACAUAAAUUAUUACUUGCUAUUAAAACUAAAAACUUUGGCUUUGUCUAGAUGUCCGCGUGCUACCGCCGUUUACAUAACUUAGGUUUAAGCUCAGUCAUUAAAGACUGCCGUUGUAAUCUACUCGUAUUAUAUGAUACUUGUAUGUUUAUCACCAUAAUAUAGAUCUACUGAAAAAUCAAUAGCGUUUAUUGCAUACAUGAGUAUGUUUUGUAUAUUUCAGACUUUUCUUAGGUGUUUUUAUGACAAGAAUCAGACUGAAUUUUAUUUCUAAUUCAGCAUAUCUUUAAACUGAGUUGAUUGGCCCGCACAAUUCUUUCUUUUUGAUCAGUUCAUUAGAAUAAUUUAAUAUAACUAGUUAAAUACUAGAAAUUGAGAAUAGUUCGAGGUUAACAUCUCAGAUUAAUAUUCAGGAUUGUUACGUUAUCAGUGAGUGUCUCUUUUGUAUAACAUUCUAAUAACUAGAAUACAUUAGUAAAUAAUUCCAUAACUACUCUUAUCAAUAUACUAGUAAAGAUAAAAAUAAAAUCAACCGUUUUUGUUUUCUAAAAAUUUUAUUUCAAACAGUAAAAUAUGACUUUGUAUAUUACUUUAUUGACUCUUAUACAAUUUUCUAAGGGCUUUUAAUUUACCACAUUUCAAUAUUCCUUUCUUAAGUAACUAAACUAUUUAUUUGACUGAAUGAAAAACUAAUACAAAAAUAUAACUAGUGAAGCUUCAAAUAGAAAGUAUAGAAGAAUUUAGAAUAUGAUGAAUAUUCUGCUAUAUAUUUUAUUGGGGUUGGAUAGAGAGAAGGCGAAUUCCAGUAAUAAUGGAUCAUGUGAUAAAAGAGGAAGUAUUAUGCGCCUCUAUCUCUAAAUUUAAGAUUAUAUUAGUUUUCACUUUGAUUAGUUAAGAUUCAUAAUAAAUACUUCUUAAAAUGCUUA